CGCGCGAAGUCAGAGUAGGCACAAGUGUCUCUGAGCAUGUGCAGGGUGCAUUUUCCGCCUCACUGUGCCGGCCACAACCCAUGCCCUUCGCAUCUUGACUCUUCAGUUCAGCGGCUACGGCUUCCGGGGCACACUUAGCCCCGAGUGAGAGGAGCGAAAGGUGCCGUUAUGAUUCCUGCGACUCCACCCAGAAAAAGCAAUCUCUACGAGGCGCUCGGGAUAAUCGAGAAACCGUUAAGACUAUUUCUUCAAAGGAGCCGUUCUGGCCCCCGUUACACUUCCUGCUUUCCUUUCCUCCGCCCCCUGUGCGGCUGGACGCAUCACGCUCCGACACUGACGCACUUCGGCGAAUCUACGGCACGCCAAUUGUGACCAAGAUCAUCACAAGCGGAGGAGGACGGCUCCCCCCCAUCCGGUAAAUAUCUAUGGAAAUGUGCUUCCAAGGAUUGCCCUACAACAGAUGAGCAAAAUUGUUUUAUUUGGAACAGUGCUCUACACUAUCUUCGUUAAGAAUGGAUGUUGAAAAAAAUCAAAAGAACGAUGAAGGUGAUGAGAAUGUACAAAAUGAAUUAGAACAAGAAGCUGCUAAAAAUGUUUCAGCUGAAAAAGCUCACAGUGAGUCUUUCUCUACCUCAAAAACAGACACAUUUUCAACUGAAGGACAGAAAAACCCAGGGGAAAAAACUGCAGAGAGUGCCAUAACCAAACGACCAUUAUCCAAAUCAGCAGAUGAAGACUGUGUAGUAACAAACAUACUUGAAAGUGAACCUGUCUCAAAACGAUUAAAGCUGACUGUUGUAAAACAUGAAGAAGAGAAUGAAGGCAAGCCAUCUAAUGCUACAACGCGUGAAGAUUCUGUUGAUGGGGCAAGUAAUACAACAGUUGAAACUGUAAACGAGGUAGCUAUGAGUGCCAGCCCCAGUAGUGAUGCAUUUAUUUCAAAUGCUUUAUGCGUGCCACAUGAUUUUAAGUCUGAGGAUGAUACUACACAGGAAAUUCAUGUGGCAAAUGAACAUUCCCAAGAUGUUCCAGCACUCCUUCCAGAAUGCACAUCAUCUUUUCAACCUGAUGAAGCCAGUGUUAGCUGUGCCACCAGUUGUGCUGAAAAUGUUUCCAAGUGCAAAAUCUGUGAGGAGAUUUUUUUCACUUAUUCUGAUUUAGAAAAGCAUGUUCAAGAAAAUCACCCUAAACAUUCCAAAGAACAGGUGAACCCACAUUGUACUUAUAAAUGGAAAUACACUCCAUCAUUACAAACACAUAUGAAGCAGGCUGCUGGACAACUUAGAUUAUACUUCUGUGAUCUCUGUGGUUUUCAGUCUUUUGAGAAAGAUCUUCUGCAGACUCAUUUCCUUGGCAAGACCCACCUCCGUCGGCAAAAUCUUGCUGCCCGGGGAGGAUUUGUAAAGACAUUAAUGAAAAAAUCAUUUCAUAAAAAACAGCAGUACCCAGUCAGGGAAAAGAAUGUGAGAACAAAAUCUGCACUUAAUAAACCAAAAAUAAGGAACACAGAUUCAAAUCUGUUAAGAACUUCAAGCAAUAAGAUGAAGUUGAAAACAUGCCACCAACUUUUUGUUGAAAUGGUGCCAUCUAGAAAUAUUUCCACAGAGAACAAUAUCAAUGAAGAAGUCCUUUUCUCCAGUACGGAUGGAAAUGGUGAUGUCCAGGUUGAGAAACCAGAUGUUUCAGAGUCCUCAGAAUGUAAUCCAGAUGUAUUGGAACCUGCUGAAGGUAGUCAAGAGAUAAUUAGCAAUUUAAACAUCGAGGGAACAUUUGAUAGGUUCCCUCAUAAAAGAAACAUCUUAUCACGAAGAAUAACUUUCAAACAAAGUGGUUCUUUUAGAUUAAAUCAGCAAAUUAAAAAACGAUACAAUCUCUUGGGUUUAGGUAAAAGAAACAAGCCUGACUCUAGCUUGAAGCACAACAUUAGGCCAGACUUCAGUCAAGGUGAUUCAUCGCAGGUCCCCCUAAAUGCUUUAGAAACUGAAAACGAUGUUAACCAUUUGUGCAAAGCUGACCCAGAAUCACAGUCACUUAAUCCAGAUGGAGCAAAUGCAUGCUCUUCUGUUACCCUGGAACUUGAGAAUUCUCCAAAGAAAGCUGUUGACAUCCAGACGACUUUACACCCUUGUACUCAUUAUGGAUGUAUGUUGCCAAACACAGGUUUGGAAUUGCCUGUUGACAGAGAUCAUGCAGAAGAACUGAAAUGUCAUUGUCAGACUUGCGGCUAUUCUUGUGCAACCCAGGAAGACUUUGAACUGCACUGUCAAAAGAAUAGCCAUCAUAUGGGUGAUUGCAAGAUAAAUUGCCUGCAGUGUUCAUUUUUUGCCCCGAAUGAUGUAAGCCUUGGGAAGCACAUGCAUGAUGAGCAUGGCAUGUCCCACUGUUGUGUUACCUGCCAUUUGUAUUUUCUAAGUGAAGAAGAAGUAACAGUUCAUAACACAACUGAGCAACAUAUUGCUUUAUUAGCUCAAGAAAAUACUGUUCAACCACUUAAUAGCGUUUUUAGUCUGCAAACAGCAUCUUGUGUUGCAAUGGAAACAAGUGUUCUUCCAAAGGUUGUAGAAGCAAAAAUUCAGCAAGAAAUCCCCAAGCCCUCUGCAGUACAUGCUGGUAAUGAAGUCAAGGAAUCUGUUCUGAGCAGAACCCAGUUUCAGUGUAAAAAAUGUUUUUAUAAAACAAGAUCUUCUUCCGUUCUUACAAGACACAUAAAACUUCGGCAUGGUCAGGAAUAUCAUUUCCUUUGUAAAGCAUGCAACCUCUACUCAUUAAGCAAAGAAGGAAUGGAAAAACACAUCAAGAGAAGUAAACACCUUGAAAAUGCCAGAAAAAAUAAUAUUGGUUUAUGCUUUGAGGAAUGUAUUGAAAGGGUAUGUGUAGGUGAUGGGAAAAAAGUUACAGAGCCUUCUGCUUAUGGGAGUUUAAAGACACUAUCAGAAAAUGAAAACAUGCAGGCACCCUUCUGUUCACUAGAGAAUGUAUCUAUAAACAAGGAGUUGUUUCCAUCGGGUGAAAUAAUUAAAGGCAAUGAGUUGGUUCUGGGUAGUGGUCAAAAGAGAGGAAGACCUAAAGGCACCAUUUCUCGGACAUGCCCCCAUUGUGGUUUAUUGGCUUCCAGUGUUACAAACUUGACAGUUCACAUUCGACGAAAGCAUAGCCACCAGUACAGCUAUUUAUGUAAAGUGUGCAAUUACUAUACUGUAACAAAAGGUGAUAUGGAACGCCAUUGUGCUACAAAGAAGCAUAAAGGCCGUUUGGAAGCCAAUGGGAAACAAAAUGUAGAGAUCAUAGUGUGCCCAGAAAAAGGCAAUGUUGAAACUAGUAGCAAGAAGAUAAACAAUCCAGAAGGUAUUUUGAAUGAACUUGUUGACCAUGGCAGUCAGUGUUCAUAUUUGGACAAUGCUAUUUUGGAAAGCCAGGGAAAAGAUCAGGGCAAUGCUAUCCAUGUGCAAGGUGAAAAUGCGGUUCAGCUUUCCGAAUUGGAUAGAGACAGGAAUUCUUCAGAAAUAAGACAGCAUAUAAUAGCAGAACUGGGUAAUGCUAAUCAAGACGGAGAAACAUUGGUACAAACAAGAUCUGUAAGUGCAAAUGGUAACAAGUGUGCCCAUUGCAAUUUUGUUGCACAUUCUUUUUCUUCACUGGAAGUUCAUAUAAAACGCAAGCAUACUAAAGAAUUUGAAUAUUAUUGCAUGGCCUGUGACUACUAUGCUGUUACUCGCCGAGAGAUGAUUAGGCAUGCAGCAACAGAGAAGCAUAAAAUUAAAAGACAAUCUUAUAUAUGCCCUUCCUCUGGAGGAGAGACAGAUGUGACCGAUAUUGCCAAAGAGCAGCAAUCUACAGAUGAAUUUCAGAUUAUGCUGGAUGGCACAAAAAAACAAACUAAUAUUGAAGAGAAAAGUCUGGAUGCGCAGGUCACUCAGAAAGUGAAGAAAUCUCUUAAUUACUUGGCUUCAGAAGAUGCCGCCACUUCAAAGGUUCCUGAAGAAGAUUAUGUCAUCAAUACUGUAGAUGCUGAGACUGAAGAUGGAGUUGACCAAGGAAGAGAAAAUGCAGUUGGUGAAGAAAAUAUUCAGGAAGGUGUAGUUAAGCUAGGUGAGAUGGCCACACUUAAAGAAACAAUUGACUGUGUCCUGCAGGAAAAUGUAGAAGAUCAAGAAAUGGUCAAGUCAAAUUUUAAUUUUGCAACAGAAAUUGGAAAUAAAAACAGAGCUGUUGGCAAAGAUUCUGCAAACUUGAAUUUGAUGAGAAAUAAGAACAAGUUGGGGGAAGACCACAAAAGAGAAAUUGAAAAUAUUGAAGUACCUGCUGAGGAAAUCAAAAGAGAAGAAAUGCAUUUACCCAUGCUUUCAGAAACAGGUUGCACUCUAGAGCAACAAACCAUUGAUGAAAAUAUUGAAAGAACUAUUAAAACUAUGCAUAACUUACAGGGACAGAAAAGCAUCCAGCAGAGUUCUGCUACAGAGGAAGAGGGAACACUAACAGAUGAGGAAAAUGAAGUUGAAGUGUCAUUAAAUAACAUUUGGGGUUCAGAUGCCUCAGUAGUUGAAGGCAUGCAAGAAAGUAAUGAGGCUUCGGAUGCUUUUACCAGUGUUGAGGGUAGAGUGAAGGAGAUGUCACUGCAAAAUUGUCAGUUUGAUUCUUCUAUAGUAAAAUUAAAAAGCCACGAAGAUGGUUCUGAGCCAAUCGAUCACGUUGCUGAUGGACAGAACCUGAGUGGGCUGAGAGCGUUAAAAGUGGAUGCCCCCCAAGGAGGUGGAAAGAAGAAGAAAGCUGAAGGACAUCCCCUUGGGGAAUCUACACGUAUUCGCUGUGAUGACUGUGGCUUUUUAGCAGAUGGUCUCAGUGGACUAAAUGUUCACAUAGCCAUGAAACAUCCUUCAAAAGAGAAACAUUUCCAUUGUUUACUGUGUGGAAAGUCAUUUUAUACUGAAAGCAACCUUCACCAGCACCUGGCUAGUGCUGGUCACAUGAGAAAUGAACAAGCAAGUGUUGAAGAAUUGCCAGAAGGGGGUGCCACCUUUAAAUGUGUUAAGUGCACUGAACCUUUUGAUUCUGAACAAAAUUUAUUUCUUCAUAUUAAAGAACAACAUGAAGAGCUUCUCCGGGAAGUCAAUAAGUACAUUGUUGAAGAUACUGAGCAAAUAAACCGAGAGAGAGAAGAAAAUAAAGGCAAUAUUUGCAAGUAUUGUGGGAAGAUUUGCAGAAGUAGUAAUUCCAUGGCCUUUCUUGCUCACAUUCGAACCCAUACAGGAUCAAAGCCAUUCAAAUGCAAGAUUUGCCACUUUGCAACAGCUCAACUAGGAGAUGCCAGAAACCAUGUCAAGAGGCACCUUGGGAUGAGGGAAUACAAGUGUCAUGUCUGUGGGGUGGCAUUUGUAAUGAAGAAGCACUUAAAUACACACUUACUGGGAAAACACAGAGUUGGUACACCGAAAGAAAGGAAAUUUACAUGCCCCUUGUGUGACAGAAGUUUCACAGAGAAGUGGGCAAUGAACAAUCAUAUGAAACUUCACACUGGAGAAAAGCCAUACAAGUGCUCAUGGCCUACAUGUCAUUAUUCCUUCCUCACAGCUUCAGCCAUGAAAGACCACUAUAGGACUCAUACAGGCGAGAAGUCAUUCCUAUGUGACCUUUGUGGCUUUGCUGGCGGGACACGUCAUGCCCUCACCAAGCAUCGGAGGCAGCACACAGGAGAGAAACCAUUCAAAUGUGAUGAAUGUAACUUUGCUUCCACAACCCAGUCCCAUCUGACGCGGCACAAACGUGUCCAUACUGGAGAAAAACCCUACAGAUGUCCUUGGUGUGACUACAGGUCUAACUGUGCUGAAAAUAUCCGCAAACAUAUCCUGCACACAGGCAAACAUGAAGGAGUAAAGAUGUACAACUGUCCCAAAUGUGAAUAUGGCACCAAUAUCCCUGUAGAAUUUCGCAACCAUCUGAAAGAACUGCAUGCUGAUAUUGAGAACCCUGACCUAGCUUACCUGCAUGCUGGCAUCGUUUCUAAGUCAUACGAAUGUCGACUAAAGGGUCAGGGAGCUACAUUUGUCGAAACCACCAGCCCUUUCACCACAGCAGCCCUGGAUGAAAUUUCUCCAAUUAAAGAUAAGGUGCUUCAUGAUGGCAGAAGGCAUCUGCAAUCCACUGAACAAGUUCAGCAAGUGAUCAUUAUCCAAGGAUAUGACAGUGAUUUUGCAAUUGAUGCCUCAGUGGAAGAAACGGCAGCAGCUACCCUUCAGACUUUGGCAAUGGCUGGCCAAGUGGCAAGGGUUGUCCAUAUUACGGAAGAUGGACAAGUUAUAACCACAAGUCAAAAUGGCUCUCAUGUGAGCAGCAUUAUUCCAGGGCAAAUACUCACUGAACAACUGUCAGAUGGAAAAACACAAGUGGUAGUUGUCGAAGGCCCUCUAGAAGAAACUGGUAUUGAAGGUGCUGUUUCCAUAGGGACAGCAUCAGACCCUAGUAAUACCAUGAUGCAACAGAUAAUGAGACAUGAAAUCUUAGAACCAUCAGAGGUAACUAGAGUACACCCAUCCGAGUGUGCCUCAGCACUAGAUGCCUUGCUUUGCGCUGUAACAGAACUUGGUGAAGCAGAGAACAAAGCAGAGCUCCUUGACAGGGCACGAUUUCAUCACAAAGAAGCAUUGCAAAUGUCAAAUCCAGAAGCAGACAUUGUUUGUAAUGACAGUAUGGCACGGGAAACACAAAUGUUCCCUGAUGCUCAAGAGACUGAGAAAGAGAGAAAACCCAUAGGAGUAGUAACACAGGUUGUGCACCCAUCUGCCAUAAUUGCAUCUCAGGAGAGAGCACAGGUUACCUUCAAGAAAAUGGUUGAAGGAGUGCUCCAGUUUGCUGUGUGUGAUACAGCUGCAGCAGAUCAGCUGAUGAAAGAAGGUGUCACUCAGGUUAUAUUGAAUGAAGAAGGAACUGUGCAUAUGGUGGCUAGAGAAGGAUCUCAGAUAAUAAUGCAAGAAGCUGGCAGCCAUGCCCUGAGUGUCAAAAGCGAACACAUGGACCUGGUUGGGUCUAAUGGAGAAAUUUCACAAAUCAUUGUCACAGAGGAAAUUGCUCAAGCCAUGGUUCAGGAUCCUAACAGCAAUUACUCUGAUGGUGCAACCCAUUACAUUGUAACAGGAUUACCACAUGAGAUUGAGGAUGAGUCUGGAGUAUACUCACAUACUGUGAUAGAGACAGAUGAGCAUCAAGAGAUUGUGCAGGCUGGGACUGUUAUAAAUUCUAAUAAUGUAUGUGAUGGAAAUGCUGAACACCUAGCUAGUAUGGUCAUUUUUACAGAAGAUGGUUCAGAAACAGCUAUUAUCCAGGGCCAAAGAGAUAGCAAUGAACUUCAAGAAACAUGAAAUGACUCCACCUCUACAGGUUUGUCAAAAGACAAUAUUGGACACUUGGUGACAUUAUAUUUAAUUUCUACGUUGUAAAGCAUUCUUGAAUGGUAUUCGCCUAUCCAAGUACUCAACACAUUCUGUGUGAAGUUAGAAUUGGCAGCCAUGAAUGCUAAACAGAAAGGGAAUACUCAAUUUUUGCAUAAUUAUAAAAUUUGAGUACAAAUAUUGACAAGUUUACAAAAUAAAAUUAAAACAAACACCAAAGGUAUCAAUUUAAUUCUCAUCAUUUGUUUGGGUUAUUUUUGUUUAUUGGCAGUUCAUUGUAUUAUGACAUUCUAGACUUAAUUUAGUGUUUUUUGUGAUUAAUUAUAUUAAACUUGGUUUGAUUUUGCAUAAGGAGAACAAACUAAUAUAUAUAUAUAUGUCCUUAUAUUACCUAGUAGAGCCAUGUAUUGACAAUUCGUCAAUUCAAGUUGUUGUCUACAUAUGUAAUAGUUUCCGUUUCACAAGUUGGCCAGGCAUUCUGAAUACCCCAUUGAUUCCUACUCAAAAUACAAUGUUCUCAAUGAAAUAAUUUCAUGGCAUGUGUUUGAGAUACCAUUGUUUGAAUAUGUUUGGCUUUUUAAUAGCCUUUUUUCCAUUGGGCUUCAAACAGUCCUCUAAAAUCAACACGUAUUACAAAAGAACCUGUUUAUUCAGAAAGGCCUUAAUACCUGUGACUUCAGUUUGAUUUUAUAUAAUGGACUUCUUAAUUUGAAAUAUGUAUUCAGUGCUUUGAUUGUUUUUUUUUUUAAAACUAAUAGAUCUUCACAUAUAUACUGUUCUGGAGUUCAUUUUGUGAAUGACUUUUGGAAACGUUAGAUAAGGUUUCUUAUAUUAAAAAAACCUGCCAUUGAUCUUAACAAGUGGGAAAGAAUUUACCUGGCACUUAUUGCUGGAUCAGAAUGUUAAUUAUCUGUUGUAGACAAGUUCUGACUUUUCAGUGUAAGCUCCUGUUGAAGAAAUCCAAAUGCUUCUGUUUUCUCUAAGAAAUGUAACCUAUAAAGGGAUGAGGUUGGGGGUUUUUUUUUGUUCUUUCCAA